GUAAGUGUGAUCUUACUGAAGUCAGGUGAUCUUAUUUAAGUUAAUACUUCGAUGUUUGUCGUGUUAACGCGACAGGUACGUGAAAUAAACCCUUUAUCCACAUGACGUCAGAAGAUAAUAUUUACCAUGGACAAGACAGAGAAAAUGGAGCCAUCUGCUGAGGAGAAAGAGAAGGAGGAGGAGGAGGAGAUCGAGGAAGAAGAAGCCAACGAGGAAGAAGGACAGGAUGACUCCGGAGAUGAGGAAGAAGAUGAUGAGUCAGAUGAUGAAGAACAGGAAGGUGAAGAUAUUGAGGAAAAAGAAAAAGAAGAAGAAGCAAAGCCACAGGCCGCAGAUAAAACUGCGAAAAACAUUCCAUCAGCUGUUAAACCCAAAGCUAAAAAGCAGGACAAGGGCCUGAACCUCAACAACGAGGUGGUGAAGAUGAGGAAGGAGGUGAAGAGGGUGAGGGCGCUGAUAAUCAGGAAGCUGACACGACAGAUUGGCGCUCUGAAGAAGAAGAAGGGGAAAGAGAUGGAAGUUGAGAGGAAUCAGAGGAGAGCUGCCCGACUGGUGGAGGAGAUCCACGCCAUGAAGGUCCUUGCACCAGACCUGGUGACCAAGACAGCCUUGCAGAAGACUCUCAACUUUGAGGAGGUGUGCAAAAACCCCAAGUCUACCAUUUCUGACCGGGCCAUAGCGCGCAUCGCCACCCACCCUCAGUUCAACAAGAAGAUUGAGGCCAUCAAAGCUGCUGUGAAAGCGUUCAAAGAGGAGCGGAUGAAGGAGCUAAAGCAGGGAGCGAAGGAAAAAGUGCAAAAUAAACCUGGGAAGGGGACUCCACAGUUACCAGACACAAAGAUAGAGAGACAGAGUGAGAAAGAGGAGGAGGACAUUACAGUGGAGCAAAAGGAAAUCAAAGACAUUAAGGAAGGAGACAGUUUCCUUAAAGACACUGAAGAUGCAUCUGUAGCUGAACCUGAAGAGGAAACAGUGAAAGCAGCUCCUGCAGCUGAUACUGCUGAUGGUCUGAGGGAAGAAAUGCCAGAGUCUAAGAGUGUGAGACCAGCGUUAGUAAAGAAUAGUGAAGUAAAGGACAUUGUGAAAAAUGAAUGUCCGAGUAAAGGUGCAGAGAAGAAACCCAGUCGUAAGCCCACACCUGAAGUACAUCAGGAAACGAAAGACGAGGAAGAGAGUGAUUUAGAGUCUUCAGAUGAUGAUGAUGAUGAUGAUGAUGAUGAGAAAGAGUACUUUGAUGACAGCACAGAGGAGCGUUUCCAUAAGCAGUCCUCCCAGUCUGAGGAGAGCGACGACGAUGGCGGCUUCUUUCUCGGAAAAGUGAGCAAAUUCAAAAAGAAGAAGAAGCAGAAGAGUGAAGAAGAGGAGAAAGCUGAGAAGGCGGACCAGGUCCCGAGUGAACUUGAUGAGCUUGAGUCCAGGCUGAAAUCAAAAACGACCUCGCUUCAGACGGUUUUUUGUUCCUCGCUCUCUGCAUCCAAGCCUGGUGGAGGCAGAGGUGCAGGCAGAGGGAGAGGUGGGGAUAGAUUUAGGGGGCAAGGGAAGCCGAGAGGUGGUGGUGGUCAAAGUAGAGAUUUCAGUAAACAGUCCAAGUUCCAGACGCAGGAGAAAGGAGCACAGAGGAGUCCAGGGUCCAAGUACAGCAAACCCUGUCCUGAGGGCCGACAUCCUGAGUCGCCAGAGAAGGGCUUCUCCUCUGUGGGCAGAGGGAGGGGGCGAGGCAGAGGUGGUGUCAUCAGGCAAAACGAUCGCAGGGGUGGAGGUGUCUUUUCCCAGCAGGCACCACAACAGGCACUGCAUCCAUCCUGGGAGGCCAGUAAGAAACGGAAGGAGCAGCAAGGACAAAUCCUGGCCUUCCAGGGGAAGAAGAUCAAGUUUGAUGAUGAUGACUGAAAAGAUUUGUCUUUGUUUGUUAAUGCUGAAUACAUAUUUUUGGUUAAAUGUCUUAUUUGGUUUAUCUGGCACACUAGUAAAGGUUAAAGGUCGUCUCUUUGAUAGUUGGAUGCUCAAUACCAACUGUGUAGCAGGGUGUAAACUGCUUUUUCAUUCUUAUGGCUGGUACAGGACAACUGACCCAGAGAUUUUUGUGUAAAACAUCAAGUGAAAUGUGUUGUUAAAAUAUUUUUAUUCCUAAAUAUGAAUUUAACUGUAAGCUGUGAAUUGCAUCACCUGAAACAUGUCAUUUUUCAUAUUUGCUACCAGUCAACAACAGUUUGAGGAACAAGCAGCUUGUGUGAAUUCCAGUUGUGUGAGAAAUGUAUAGUUGAGGUUUUUAAAAUAUAUAUAUAUUUAUAUACCUGUACACAAUUUCACUGCCUUGUCCAAAAUCAUAAUUAUGGCCCUACUGUACAGCACACAAUCUCUGAAACUGAUGUACAGUGAUAGACAUGAUUAUCUCCUGCAGCAAGACCUUAGAUCACAGGCUUUUCCCUGUUUUGGUACUCGUCACUCACCAAUAUGUGUUUAAACAAUAUAAAAGUUCAUGUAGUCACAGUUUUAAUGUGCUGUACUCUUGUCUUUACUUCAUUAAAUGUACAGUAUUAUAAAAAGGUUUUGUGGCAAAGAGCAAAGUGAAGCAAACAUGGUCUGAGUUUGGCUUGCUCCUGAGGGAUCUGAGUUCUCUUGAGUGUUCACAUAUGUGCAAAAAUGCUGAGUCACCGCUCUGAGUCCAUUGAGAGGGCUGAAAAGGACCAAGUGUGAAAACACCCUAAAACACAGAGCGGUUUCGACCCUAAGGCUUCAUCAGGGUGCAGAAGGAUGGACAGAGGUCAAGUAAACAUUGACAGCAAUGGAUCACAAUGAGAGGCCAUUUUGAAGGUGAUGCGCCUCCACAAGUGUUACAAAACAAAACAAAAACCAUCCAGCACAAAAUUGCUGCUACCCACCUGCAUUCACCAGUUAGUAUAAUGGUUGUAUAGCUGAAGCAAAAAGAAGUGGAGGUGGUGGGCUGCCCUGUCUAGUACUCCUCUCUACUUUGAUUUCUCCAGAGAGUAAUUGUUGGUAUAAAUCUGAACUGUAGGAUUUUUAUACAAUAAUUUAACAAAAUGAAUCAACCUUGUGCUUUUUUGGAUAUUGUAUGAUACUAAAACAUGUUGUAUUGGUUUGCAAAUACCUAUUUUAAUAAACCCUGUUUGAUUUACGUGAA